UGUCACCGACCGUCGACGCUCUCGCCCUCCUCCCUCGGUGGCCGGCAAGGGCGCGCGCGAAGAAAUCAGCCACCGUGUAUGCAUUCUAUUGCGGUGGUAAGACAUGCACGGAUGCACACAGGUCAGAACACUUGGUCAAGUGGAAAGAUCUGGACCUCCUAAUCUUGGGACGAAAUGACUUCAGCCAAGGAUUCAACGAGACGUUGGUGAUCUGGAGUGGCUCCUACAAGGACUUCAACAACUACCUGUAUGCAAGACACCAUUCAUUUGUCGAUCAUAAAACAGCUUAAAGACUGAACUUCUUGCCUCUUGGCAUCUGCUUGCGACGAGUGCAGGGCUCGAGGGAAGCGCACCGAAGGAGUUUGGUAACUGAAAUUAGCAAGAAAUUGAUGCAGUUUGUUUUGCCUUCCUGUUUGUUUUAUGGUAUCUUUUGGAAAAGCCAGAGUUUGCUCUAUCAAGUUCAGUUCAAACAUUGGAUUGUUGUUUUCAUGAAGAAAUGUUAUUUCUGCAGUUACAUUGAACAUAUCCAUGUUUCUUAUUACCGGAGAAACCGUGGCUGUGAACAUCUUAGUUGCAGAAGCUCUGAAGGAGUGGAUACUUAUUGACCUCUGAACCGUUGUACCUCCUGAAUCUGUAUGACGAGUCUCAACAUAACAAAAAAAAAAGACCAACAGGGGGGGGAGCCAUUUUAUUAAGAAAGAAGCGCCACUGCGCUCUCAGCCUCUGACCACUGAACCAAGAGCCCAUCCACCCUCAACAUAACAGGAUACGCUAUUGGUAAUUAUGCAUUUGCCUUUUCUUCUGGAUAUGGAAUUGAGAUAAUAAGUUGAUAUUUUCAUUUUAUGUAUCUGUGUUGUCAAUAAGUUUGUGAGUGAGCAUUAAUUAAAUCUGUAGAUUUCUCUGGUCUUAUCCUGUACAGUUGUUUGUAAAUGAAAGAUGUGAAAGCUAGUCAACUUCUCACAGAUAUUGAUAGAGGAACAAAAGGUCAGAAUACAAUACUCUAGCUGCAGUCCCUGUAUUGGAUUAUUCUUGGAUUUUAGUGCUUCCCAUUGUUUCAUACAGUGUACUUGUGUUUUUAUGUUUGAACAGAAAAUUGUAUGGACAGCAAUGAUGCUGGUCUGUACAGUUAUUUAUAUAUGAAAGAUGUGAAAAUAACUAACUUCGGGUAAGUAUGGCUGCUGAUCACAGCAUAAGACUCCUGCUGUAGUUUUCUUAUUUUAUUUUCUCGGAAAUUUUGGUGUGUCCCUUGUUAAUUGUUGUAUAGUUAUGAGGAUAAGAAGAUUUCAAACAUCAAACCGGACAAUCGUAUGUACACCAAUGAUGCUGGCGUGUCAUCAGAAGCAGACUGUAUACCGGGACCUAAACUUAAGUAGAUUCAGUAGAAGAUGAUAACUUUUAAGAAAGUCAAUUUCUUCAUGCCAAGAAAAUUUCUGGGCGAUUCAGCACCACACCACAAGUGAGGCUUCACUUCCACCCAAUUAAUCAAACGUUGAACUAUUCAAUGAUAGCUAAGUUUGGUCCUGCGACUUGCGUACUGUUCCUUGGAAAUUAGCAUAUGCAUCAUUGUCCAUAUCGCCAAUAAGUGAGCUGAAGUUCUAAGGUUCUCAAUGUUUGAAAAUAGUGUACUUAUUUUUGUGACCAGGAAAUGGUGUACAUGUUGAUAAGACUUCACCGCACAAGUAAGUACCAUGAAGCACAAUUGGCACAAGAAAUGCUAUAACACACCAUUCGAACUACUAGUCUGGCGCCUCUCAGCCAUUGCUAGAAGCACCCGAGCUCUGUAUAAGAAUAGCUCCUCGCUGCUGAUCACUGUUACUGCCGCUGAGUAGUGAACGAAGAGGAGAAGCAGAGCAAGCACCAGAAUGUGGCACAGGGUGAACAGGAAGAAGUGAAGUGGCGCGUAGAGGAAGGAAAACUCAUAUUGCGGUCAGUAUGACCAAGAACUGCAGCACCGGUGGAUGACCUACGACUACGAGCGAAGUUAUCUUAUCGCAUCGUACCCUCCUUUGUAGAAUACGUUGUUAAAAAACUCUGAAGACACACUGGUCACCUACUGGGCAGUCUAGCUGCAUCAAACUCGAAGCAAAUGGCUGAGGCAGUGAUUCUUUCGACUGUGUUAAAGAUUGGCGUUGCUCUAGGAAAUAAGGCAGUACAGCAGGCUAACUCUCAAUUCCAAAAGUUCAUUGCACAGCUAACAGAGCUUCAAGGCAGGAUGGGUCGCAUCAGAAGUGAACUCAGGCUAAUGCAUGGAUUUCUUUGCCGAGUGGACAUACGGAAUCUGAAGAAUCAGAACUAUGGAAUCUGGGUUCAAGAGUUAAGAAUGCUUGCCCACAAGAUUGAGGACAUUGUGGAUGAGUAUUUGUAUCUUACUGGUCAUAAACAUGAUACUAGGUGGGGUACCUAUCUGAAAAAAGGAUUCAAGCAACCAAAUGUGAUGCUUUCCUUAAACAGGAUUGCUAAGGAAGCAGAGGUCAAUCUUGCGUAUCUCUUCCAGGCUAAAGAUCGGUGGGUUACUGUGGUAGAUGGUGGGAACUCCAGCGACUCGAGUUACAUUGUUGAGAGAUCCCAACAUCUUGCAAGCAUUUCACGUUCCCUUGUUGAAGAAGAUCUUGUUGGGGUGGAUAAAAGUAGAGAAAAACUUGAGAAGAUGUUGGCAGGUGAUGAUUUGGAACGCUGUGUGAUAGCGCUUCAUGGAAUGGGAGGGCUUGGUAAAACAGCUUUGGCUGCAAAUGUCUACAAGAAGGAGAGAGGAAAGUUUGAAUGUCAUGCCUGGGUCUCCAUCUCUCAAACUUACUCCAUAAAAGAUGUUCUGAAGUACCUAAUAACUGAAUUGUACAAAGGGAGAAAUAGCACACCAGCUAACAUGGACCACAUGGACACUAAAGACCUUCAAGAUGAACUGAAGGCAUUCCUAGAUGACAAGAAGUAUUUGAUUGUACUGGAUGAUGUUUGGGAUCCGGAAGCCGUCAACGACCUAUUUCGAGCACUUGUUCAAAAUCAGAAGAGCAGUAGAGUACUUGUGACAACACGCAUAGAUGGUGUAGCUCACCAUGCUUUGCAAGACCGGAGAAUAACACUUGAAGCUCUGUCAAGAGAUCACUCAUGGGAACUCUUUUGUAAGAUGGGGUUUUCGAGAGAUACAAAUCACAAAUGCCCUAUAGAACUGGAAGAAUUAGCACAAGAAAUCGUUAGCAAGUGCAAAGGGAUACCUCUUGCAAUUGUAGCUGUUGGCAGACUCCUCUUCGUGCGCGACAAGACGAGAGAGGAAUUCAAGCGAAUACAUGACCAACUUGAGUGGGAGCUAGUUAACAACCCAAGCAUGGAACAUGUCAGGAACAUUCUUUACUUGAGCUAUAUCUACCUUCCAACACACUUGAAAAGUUGUUUCUUGUAUUGCAGCUUAUUCCCAGAAGACUAUCUUUUCCGCAGAAAAAAGCUUGCACGGUUGUGGACAGCAGAGGGUUUUAUCGAGGAGAGAGGUGCAAGCACAUUAGAAGAAGUGGCAGAAGGAUAUAUGAAGGAGUUGCUUCACAGAAACAUGCUACAACUUGUUGAAAGGAACUUAUUUGGUAGGAUAAAGAAAUUCAGAAUGCACGAUAUACUACGUGAAUUGGCAGUUGAUUUGUGUCAGAAUGAUUGUUUUGGUGUUGCAUAUGAGGAAGAGAAAUGUGGGGGAUAUCUUGAGAAAGAUGGACGCCGAUUGGUAAUACAUAAUCUAAAGAAGGACAUUGAACAAUCAAUUUCAAGUCUACAUCAGCUUCGAUCCAUCACUGCAUUGGAUGAUAGUAUGCCAUCACUCACUCUACUACCUCUGCUAUCUGAGAAGACAAGAUAUAUGACAGUGCUAGAAUUAGCUGGUCUGCCUAUCGAGAAGAUUCCAUAUGCUAUUGGGGAUCUUUUCAAUCUACGCCAUUUGAGUCUACGUAAUUCAAAAGUGAAGAUGGUCCCGGAGUCUAUUGAGAAGCUUUCAAAUUUGUUGACACUAGACCUGUAUAAUUCUGACGUACAUAAGUUGCCUAGAGGAAUUGUGAAACUGAAGAAGAUUAGGCACUUAUUCGCUCAGAAAAUCAUUGAUCCAUCUGCUAGAGUUCUCUUGUGGUCAAGUGGUGUAAGCGUCUCCAAGGGCCUUGGUAACCUAACAAACCUGCAGACACUACAAGCAUUGGUAGCAGAGGAUGAGUCUGUUAGACAGCUAGGGGAGCUGAGGCAAUUAAGAAGCCUAAGGUUAUGUAAUGUGAAAAGAGUAUACUGUGAAUGCCUCUGCAACUCUCUAGUUCAGAUGCAAUUUCUGUCCUUCCUAGAUGUGAUUGCAAGUGAUGGUAAUGAGGUUCUUUGGUUGAAUGCCCUCCCGUCGAAAGUGCAAAAACUAUAUUUGAGAGGACAAUUAGACAAAGAGACUUUCAAAGCCUUAGGCCAAAACUUGUACGAAUUGGGUCUAAAUUUAUCACAGCUGAUAGAAGACCCCCUUCCAUCCCUUUCUCGGUUGACAAAUUUGGCGGAGCUAUAUUUGAACAAAGCAUACUGUGGAAAGAAGCUGGCAUUUCUCAAGGAGUGGUUCCCUAACCUGAAGACCCUUCAGUUAAAAGACCUUCCUCAUCUGGACCAGCUAGAGAUAGAGGAAGGUUCCAUGGCGACACUGGAAAGAUUAUUCAUAGUCAACCUCAACAGCAUGACACAGGUCCCACCUGGCAUUGAGUUCCUUGUGACUCUCCAGUAUCUAUGCUUCUACGAAAUCACCCCGGGCUUUUUGACAUUGCUGCGCCAAUGUCCUAGAAUUGGCGGUAUGCGCCGAUUCUGGCAUACUUUUCGGGAUUGACUGCUGUUUCCUGGUCAAUAAAUGUGCAUGUCGGUGCAACGACAGAAGAAAAAUCUCUUCAUCUGAGGUUUCCAGACUCCAGCUGAUGCAUACCAUUUUCCACUGUGCUUCGCUUUUUGAGCCGCUACCUUUUGUUUUACGAAACAAAAAUGAACUACUAUUGGUGUUCUUGUGAAAUGUGUUUAUUUGUUUUUAAAUAGCAUUUCCCUUAUUGUAUGUCCGAGUCUUGUGGAGGAAGACGUAGCAUCCAUCUAGAUAUGCAUUGGUUGCUGUAGUUACUAGUGUCAGGAUUUGGAAGUGGAAAGGUUCGUCCCGGAGAAGGUUUUCCUCCUAGUUCCAAACAAGAGUUUCUUUCUUAGACUAGAAGUUGUAAUUUGACUCUAUAAGUCCAACCCUCGUUGAUCAAUUUGUAUACUAUAUGGCAUUUCUCUACCAAUAUACUUGUGACUGUUAUAUACUA